CUCCGCUUUUAGCGUGGUCAACCGCAGAUUUCUCUGGUCCUGGCUGGUCGAGCUCGUGACGGCAUGAGGCUCUGCGCGAGUCGGGCGCGAAGCCGAAGCCGAAGCCGAAGCCGAGCUGUCUUGUCUUGUCCGUGCGCGAAGUUUGAAGCAGCUUUCGAUGAACUUUUGAUCGUGUGCCAUCUGUUACAUCGAACCAACAUCACCAGCGCACGACCAUCCUAAUCGAAAUUCGAAUUCCAGCGUCUCCAUCUCCGUAUAAAGUCCCCCCUCGUCAAUAUGGUCAAGCUCGAGGAGGUUCCCGAUGAGGAGCUCUACGCACCCCAGCAGGGCCCAAAGGACGACGAGGAUGAGUGGGACACAGAUAGCGAAUCGGAAGUUUCAGAUGAUGAUGAUUAUGAUGAUGAGAGCCUCGACGAAUCACUGCUCGACCGAGUAUAUGCAUUGAAAGACAUUGUCCCGCCGACAUACCGCAAGCACGUCUCCAAUGUCGCAUCGACAGGCUACAGCUGGGUAUCAAAGAGUGCGAGCUUCAGUGGAAAGGCAAUUUGGGUCAUCAGCACGAGCGCGCUGCUGUUGGGAGUACCGUGGGCACUGGCGUUCAGCGAAGAGCAGCAGGUGCAGGAGAUGGAGAGGGAGAUGCGCAUGCAGCAGAGCGCGAGUGAGCUCCUUACAGCAGGCGCCAAGCCAGCUUUGUAAGAAUCUCACGCAUUGCACAGAAGCACCGCAUAUUUCACGCAUAAUGAGCAGCGGAUAUUGCGCUUGUAUUAUACUACUCUGCUCAAAAGAUAGACAGGUCGAUCC